AUGCCUACUACAACAAGCCCAGCAACAAGAGCGACAACAGCAGCACCAACCACAACAAGGCCGACAACCACAACGACAAAGCCAACAACCACAACAAGUCCAACAACCACAACAACAGCAGCAGCUGCAACAACAACAGCCACAACGACAACGCAAACAACCACUACGACAAAGCCAACCACUACAACAACAGAGCCAACAACCACCACAACGAGCCAAACAACCACAAAGACAAGCCCAACAACCACAACAACGUCAACGACCAGAAUGAUUAGUUCAGUACCCACCACAACGACUAAAGUGCCACCAAUCAGGCCCGAAGAGGUGACUACACGUCCGCUGUCACUCCUGGAACAGGUGAUGACACGGUCCGUGCCGUUUAUCAAAAAGAGAAGGCGCUUCACCACACCGACUUCGGUUGAAUCUACCACAGAUGGGUCGAAGAUAGAGCCCAUUCAAACGACGUCAAGCUACAGGGAGCCGAGUUCCGUGAUGCCGAGACCUAACGAGCACACGACAGCUAACCCUGGACUAGUCACAUCGAGACAAGAAUCACUGCGCUAUGAUGUAGAAGUUGCGAAGUCAGACAUCCAGGCAACAGAUGAAGAAGAUGGUGAUUAUCGGAACACGCCCACGAAGAGUCCAUUGCCCAAGAUGUCUCCUGAACUACGAAUGGCGCUGGUACGGGAGUUACUGAAGCAGAUGCAGGCUACAAGGCAGUCAAACCAGAAGAAGACGAAGGUCAUGCCGGAGAGGAAGCCCACAACUCAGACCUAUCCUACACAGAUGUCAGUGCAAGAAGAUGACGAACUGCCGCCAGAUCAGACGUCGAAGAUGCCGACGAUGGAAGAAAAAGCAGCGGAUAUCUCGUCAAGCGACCAAGAAGAACCUGAAGAAGAUCCUCCAUCAAUCGAAGAAGGGCCCGAUGAGCCAGCGAUUGAUCCUGAACCGCCCGCUCAGAUUGGAGCAUCGCAGACCGAUUUGGAAGGCUCGGAGCAGAAAAUGGAAUCAAAUAAGGUUUCCAAUAACUUGAAAGUCAAGGUUGACACAGAAGUGCAGACUGAGGCCGAGAGAAUAGCAGCCUUGCUGAAAGACGAUGUACCACAAACCAAAACUAUUUCGUUACGCCAGGAACCUGAGACAUCAGAAGAGAGCCAAGAGCCAGUCACACCCUCGGCAUUCCUUCGCGCACUGCGAGAAAGGGUGAAAAACCGCCCGUCAAUCCGAGGCUCACGCAAGAAGACUCGGCCAAAGCCACGGCGACGCGGCAAGAUAAGGAAGUCGCUGCCUCGCGGGCCGAGACCGUCAACAGAGGAUGAAGAGGAUGAGAUAGAAGAUGUUGAAGAUAACAAUGAUGAACAGAUUUCGGAAAAGGAUCCCAAACACUCAGAGCAGCCCAGAGCGAAACUUCAUCAACUCGUCAAUGCAGAGCUCAAUAGUCAGAACGACGAGGAAUCUGCCGAAGAGACCGAUAAUCAAAAAUAAGAAACCUGGCAGGAAUAUCAACAUGGUGAAUCAACUUCUUUAUAAUUGGCUUAAUUGCGUCCAUAGUUGCCCGAUUGUACCAUCCAUAUAAUUAGAAUGUAAUGUGUGAAUGCACGAUUGUAGCUUUUUGCGACCCAUGAGUGUUUGUUGUUGCAUUUUCAUCUUGCUGAAAAGUGACACGCUUCCAAACUACGCUUCCCGUUGAGAGUCGCGAUUCGCGAAUGAAAGUUGAUCAAGGGCAAGGGGAUUCCAGAUUAAGCAAGUUCAGACAAACGGUCUCGUACCGUUUCACCCGUUCGUGACCUUGCGAGGAACUACAUUGAGUUCGUUUCAUACGUGCCGUGUCCGUAAUGCCAGUGUAUGAACACGUUGCUGCUUCUGAAAUAAACGUUAUU